AUGGCCGGGGAGGGAGACAAAAGGAAACGCUUUAUUUCAGGCACGGCGGCGGCUGCCAACUACUUCGGAGUGGAUCCAGCUGUGGGUCCCGCUGCCCUGGCCGCGGGGCUCCAUUCCCGCCCGGAGCUGACCAACUUCCUGGACGACGGCAAUGAGUUCCUCCUCGUCGUGCAGCACUCGGGCACCCAGCUCACCGCAUCCAACAGGAUUGAAGCUACUGAUUCAAAGAAUAAUGUGUUGGUGUUCUUUAAGCUGCGACCUGAUGUAAUUACAGAAGAUAAUCUUCAUAGUAAUAUUCUUGUGUCAUCUAUGCUAGAUUCGCCAGUUAACACCCUUUAUCAAGCUGUACGACAGGUUUUUGCACCAGCAUUACUGAACGAUGAGAGAUGGAGUAAAACAUUUGAUCCCAAACUUCAGAAACUUUUAAGUGAGCUUGAAGCUGGCUUGAGUACUGCUCUCAGAAGAUCAGAUCCUAAUUACACAGGAACAAAAUUCAGUGAAGAUGAUGUGCGAGCUAUACUUACACCAACAGAUGAAUUUCAGUUCUGGAUAGAAUGUGCUCAUCAUGGAAGUAAAUGGUGUAGUAAAGAGAGAGCUUCUCAUUUUAAAGACCUAUUUGAGGACAUUGCAAAAGAUUAUUACAACUUGGAUAGUCUCUCAUUAUCUGAAGUUGUGGAUUUGGUGGAGACUACCAAGGAUACUGUUGAUGGUGUGUGGAGCCAAACAGAACAUGAUCCUUAUCCACAGCCGCGCAUGCAUAAUCUCUUGGAUGUAAUAGGUGGCGCGCUAGGUAGAUAUGUUCAGAGAAAAUUAGCAGCUUUGAAUUUGUGGGAGGAUGCUUUUCACAGUGUUAAAGAAAAUCUAAAGGCUGGCAUCUUGAUUUGUGAGCAGUGGGUGUCAGCUUGUGAGUACCUAACUGGACAACUGUGGCAACGUUAUACUCUACAUCCAUGGAAAAAUGAGAAAUAUUUCCCUGAAUCGUUAGCCAAACUUGGCAAACGUCUUGAUGAGGUGCUAACUGUUAGAACACUGCAUGAAAAACUUACAUUCUUUUUGCCAGCUGGAGAACAAAAUGCUUUAUAUCUUGCCCAAGUGUUUGAACCCUUUGCUGGCCUAAAUCCUGUACACUAUAAUCCUUACACAGAGCCCUUAUGGAAAGCAGCAGUCUCUCAGUAUGAAAGAAUUAUUGCACCAGCAGAACAGAAAAUAGCAAGCAAAUUGAAGAAAUUUAUUUCAGAAAUUCAGGACAGUCCUCAGCAGCUUCUUCAAACAUUUCAGAAAUAUAAGGAACUGAUAAGGCAUCCAAAUAUAAGCAAAGAAUUGCUUUUUGAAAGGGAAACAUUGCUAGCAAGACUUCAAGAUUAUGUCAAAGACUAUCAGACAGACUUUGAAACUCGAUGCCAUGGUGUUCCUGGUGAUGUUUCUGGACCACUGUCAGGCAAAAAUCUUUCUGAAGUUGUCAAUAAUAUUGUAUGGGUUCGGCAGCUGGAGCUGAAGGUGGAUGAUGCUAUCAAGCUGGCAGAGGCUCUUCUGUCUGACUUGUCUGGAUUUCAAAUUUUUCAUCAAAGUGCAGAUUCUUUUCUGGAACAGUUAAAACUAUAUGAACAAGAACAAUUUGAUGAUUGGUCUAGGAAUAUCCAGUCAGAAUUAUCAAAUCCCAAGUCAGGACUUUGCAUCCAAGCUAAUAGUCCUGUAAUGGAGUUGGAUCACGUUUUUGGAACAUUAAACAUACUUUAUUCAGAUCGUUUGGUGACUCUUCUAAGAGAAGUACGUCAGCUAUCAGCACUUGGUUUUGCUAUACCGGCUAAAAUACAGCAUGUUGCAAACACUGCUCAAAAGUUCUGUAAGCAGGCAGUCAUCCUCAAACAGGUGGCACAUUUUUAUAAUUCUAUUGAUCAACAAAUGAUUGAGAGUCAGAAGCCAAUGUUGUUACAGUCUGCUCUAGCAUUUGAACAGAUAAUUAAGCAUUCAAAAUCUGGUCCUGGAGGAAAAGCUCAAAUAACAUGGGAUAAUCCUAGAGAAUUGGAAGCUUAUAUCCAAAAACUCCAAGCUGCUGCUGAACGUCUUUCCGCUGAAAAUAGAAAGCUAAGAAAGUGGCACACAAACUUCAUUGAAAAGGUUAUAUCUCUCAUGAAUAUUGAUCUACUUCGGCAGCAGCAGCGUUGGAAAGAUGGACUCCAGGAACUCAGAACUGGUUUUGCCAGCCUUGAGUCACAGGGUUUCAAAUCAUGUGAUAUGAAAGCUUGGAGACAGCACUGGAAUCAUCAACUUUACAAAGCUCUGGAGCAUCAGUAUCAAAUGGGCUUAGAAGCACUCAAUGAGAAUUUACCAGAAAUAAAUAUUGAUCUAACAUUCAAGCAAGGCCGGUUGCAAUUCAGACCUCCUUUUGAAGAGGUACGAGCUAGAUAUUAUAGAGAAAUGAAGAGGUUCAUCUCCAUUCCAAAUCAGUUUAGGGGAGUAAGCCAAGUAGAAGAAGAAUCUAUAUUCACUGUUAUGACCGAAAGAAACGCAAAUGGAUUUCUGACCGCUUUCGGUAAAGCAGAGGAUUUGUUCAGAAGGCUGACAGAAGUUUCUAACCAAUUCAAGGAAUGGAUCGUAAUUGGCCAAGUAGAUAUGGAAGCUCUGGUGAAGACACAUCUUUCUAGCAAACAGGACUGGGAAAAAAACUUCAAAGCAUUAAAAGUGAGAGGGAAAGAAGCAGAACGUCUUCCAAGCACCAUCAGGAUAGAUUGUUUAACUGUUAAUUGCAACCCUCUGAAAACUGUAAUUGAUGAUUUCAUCCAGAAGUUGUAUGAUGUUCUUGUCAUUUCUUUGAGAAAAUCUAUUCAAGCUCACCUAUAUGAUGUUUCUUCAUUUCUCACUGAUGCCAUGGAAACGUUAGUGGUUAGGCCCCAGACUGUAGAUGAAAUAGCAGAAGACAAUUUAAAAUAUUUAAACCUACAUGAACGAAAAGAAGGGAUUUUUCUCCUGUUUCAAGAGGCUGAAGAUAAAAACAAACUUUUGCGAACUGUGGCUGGUGCAGGUUUGGACACUAUCAGUAACCUAAGGGCUACAUGGGAUAAGUUUGAAUUAAUGAUGGAAAGCCACCAGCUUAUGAUUACAGAACAGAUUGAAAUAAUGAAAGGAAAUGUGAUUUCACGUAUUAAUAUAUAUCUUCAAGACCUGGAAAAGUUUAAAGCUCGUUGGGAUCAGCUAAAGCCAAGCGAUGAUGUCAUUCAAACAGGUGAUCAGGAUGUGCUUGAGAAAAGUGCUCAGAUCAUAAAGGAAAAAAAGAAAGAAUUUGAUGAACUUGAAACCGUGAAAGAAAAACUCAUUGAAGAAUGCCAUCAUUUUAAAUUGGAAGAGCCUGACUUCUCAUUGUCAAAAGUUGUAUGUCAAGAUAUUAAGAGUUGUGCAGAAGUCUGGGCAUUGUAUGAAGAAUUUUAUCAAGGUUAUCAGGAAAAAGCCAAAGAAGACUGGAUUACUUUUAGGAGUAAAACAUACCUAUUUGAAGAAUUCUUGUUUAAUUGGCAUGACAAAAUGAGGAAGAUGGAACAACAUACUGUAAUGACAGUAAAAUUGCAAAAAGAAGUGGACAAAUGUAAAAUGAUCAUUCCACUCCUAAAAUAUAUAAGAGGAGAACAGCUUUCUCCAGACCAUUGGCUGGAUCUCUUUCGUCUUCUGGGUCUUCCCCGAGGCACUACACUUGAGGGUUUGUUAUUUGGAGAUCUGCUAAAAGUGAUGGAUGCCAUUAUAGAAAAAGCAACGGAACUUAAGGAUUUGAAUUGUCGGGCCCAAGGUGAAGUCACAAUUAGAGAAGCAUUACGUGAGCUGGAACUCUGGGGAGUUGGAGCUGUCUUUACAUUAACAGAUUAUGAAGAUAGCCAAGGCAAGACUAUCAGGCUUAUUAAAGACUGGAAGGACAUAGUCAACCAAGUUGGAGAUCAUCGCUGUCUUCUACAGUCCCUCAAGGACUCUCCAUAUUACAAAGGUUUUGAAGAUAAAGUGUCCAUUUGGGAAAAAAAGUUGGCCGAGUUGGAUGAGUAUCUGCAGAAUUUAAACCAAAUUCAAAGGAAAUGGGUCUAUUUGGAACCGAUAUUUGGUCAUGGAGCUCUGCCCAAAGAACAGGCUCGUUUUAACAGAGUUGAUGAAGACUUUAGAUCCGUUAUGUCAGAUAUCAAGAGUGACAAUAGGAUAACAUCACUGAAUACCCGGACAGGAAUAAGAAAUACCUUAAUUACCAUACUUGACCAGCUUCAGAGAUGUCAGAGAUCUCUGAAUGAGUUUUUGGAGGAAAAGCGCUCAGCAUUUCCAAGAUUCUAUUUCAUUGGAGAUGAUGACUUACUAGAAAUUUUAGGACAGUCCACAAAUCCUCUGGUUAUCCAGUCUCAUCUUAAAAAACUUUUUGCUGGCAUCAAUAGUGUGAGCUUUGAUGAAGAAUUUAAAUACAUAGUUGCCAUGAAGUCUGUAGAAGGAGAAACUGUGACACUUAGAAAUAAAGUUCUUCUGUCAAAUGAUGUGGAGGUGUGGCUAAACAGUUUGGCUUUGGAGAUGAAGGAGACCCUGAAAAAAAUGUUAAUUGACUGUGUUGAUGCUGGAAAAAAAUCACAAGGUUCAAUUGAUCCAUCGCUCUUUCCUUCCCAGGUAGUAGUUGAUCCA